UUUCUAUAUGUUGUCAUUAAAGCUCAGUAAAUGUGCUAAAAGUUUGUGUCCAUUUUAGCUGUGCAGGCUGUCAAAUGUUGCACUUCCGGUUUCCUCCAGCCAGCACUGUAGGGGCUCCGCGGUGCAUUGUGGGAGUAAAAACAGACUGUCGGAGCGCACAAAGGACAGGGACCAGAUUCUUUCCAGGUUGGGGGUCAACCGCCUUGUGAUGCAGGUGGUCGUGAACGGUGACUAACGCCGUCUCGAGGCCGCCGGACGGCUGGCAUCCGCAGGAAGGGAGCGGGGAAUGUGAGCUAGCGCAGCGGAGCCACGCCGCUGCUUCCCCCGCUGAUGAUCAUUGUCCGCGGAGCCACUGGACACCCGAGGCCCGGCCGCUGCUCCAAACUUCGCGCUUGAACGAGUCGUCAUUCGUGCCCAGACUCCAGCAUGGGGGCCAAAACCUUCACCCACAGUUCUGCCUCCCACAGCCAGGAGAUGCUGGAGAAGCUCAACGCCCUGCGGAACGAGGGGCACCUGUGUGACGUCACCAUCAGGGUCCAGGACAAGCUCUUCCUGGCUCACAAGGUGGUCCUGGCCUGCUGCAGUGAGUUUUUCCGCUCCAAGCUGGUGGGCCGGCCCGACGAGGAGGACAAGUUUGUGUUGGACCUUCAUCACGUGACCGUCAGCGGGUUUGCGCCGCUGCUGGAGUACGCGUACACCUCCACCCUCUCCAUCAGCACGGAGAACAUCAUCGACGUCCUGGCAGCUGCCAGCUACAUGCAGAUGUUCGCGGUGGCCAGCACGUGCUCCGAGUUCAUGAAGUCCAGCAUCCUGUGGAGCUCGUCCAACAACAGCAACAACAACAACAACAUCACCGCAGAGAAGCCGCACGAGUCCGCGCCAGAGAGCGCCUCAUCGAACUGCGCCCUCACGCCUCUGGACGGCAGCGUGUCGCCCGUUUCCUCGGAUUGCAGCGUGAUGGAGAGAAACGUUCCCGUUUGCCGCGAGUCGCGGCGGAAACGCAAAAGCUUUGUGACCAUGGCGUCACCCGAGAGUCCGCUCAAGUGCACCGCACAGAUGGUGACCACAUCCCCGCAGAUCCCCAACCCGUCGCCGUCUUUUUCAGACGGCACAGCACAGCCCGUGGAGUCUUCCCUCGCCUUUCCCUGGACUUUCCCCUUUGGCAUCGACCGCAGGUUCCACUCUGACAAGUCCAAGCACUUGGAAAGCCCCCGCUGUCUGGAGCAGGGCACCUCCGCCGGCUCAGAGGUGGUGGUCAGCCGCCGGCUGACUGACUUCCUGUCUUGCGAGAGCGCCAAAGCGGUGUCCUCACCCACAGCAGCGGAGGAGGAGGACGUACGCGUGAAGGUGGAGCGUCUGAGUGAUGAGGAGGUCCAGGAGGCAUCGUCGCAGCCUGUCAGCGCCUCCCAGAGCUCGCUGAGCGACCAGCAGACGGUGCCCGGCAGUGAGCAGGUCCAGGAAGAGCUCCUCAUCAGUCCACAGUCUUCCUCUAUAGGUUCGAUGGAUGAGGGUGUGUCGGAGGGCUUACCGUCGAUGCAGGGCACCUCUAACGCUGGAGGACACGCAGAGGAUGAUGAGAGGUUGGAAGGGAUUCAGUAUCCAUAUCACCUGUACAUAAGCCCGUCUGCUCGGCCCGGCACCAACGGCCCUGACCGGCCUUUUCAGUGCCCAACCUGCGGGGUCCGAUUCACACGCAUUCAGAACCUAAAGCAGCACAUGCUCAUACACUCGGGCAUUAAGCCCUUCCAAUGCGACCGCUGUGGGAAAAAGUUCACUCGGGCCUACUCCCUAAAGAUGCAUCGGCUGAAGCACGAAGGUAAACGCUGUUUCCGGUGCCAGAUUUGUAGCGCCACAUUCACGUCCUUCGGUGAAUAUAAGCACCACAUGAGGGUCUCCCGACACAUAAUCCGCAAGCCGCGGAUUUAUGAGUGCAAAACAUGCGGCGCCAUGUUCACCAACUCUGGCAAUUUAAUUGUACACCUGAGGAGUCUGAACCAUGAGGCAUCCGAGCUAGCAAACUACUUCCAGAGCAGUGAUUUCCUCGUGCCCGACUACCUGAGCCAGGUACAGGAGGAGGAGGAGGCGCUGGGAGUCCAGUAUGAACUGGAGGAGUCUCAGCAUCACCACGCCUUCCCAGGCAGCUCCUCCGCCGCUACCUCCACUGCCACCUCAUCCUCCUCCUCUGUCCAGCUGCCCGUCAUCUCCCAGGUCUCGUCCUCCACGCAGAUCAGCGAGACUUCCUCCGGUUUCCGCUCACCCGAAGCCCUGGAUCCUCUGGAGGCCUCGGCUGUCCUCAAGGCGCACGCAGCCGGGACGGCGGGCAUGGCGGUGGAGACCAAGCUGGAUGAGGGCGCAGCAGGCAGCUCCCCGGAGGAGUCUGAGGAGGAUCUGCACUCUCACAGCAAGGAUGUGGCUUCCAUCACCAUCGAGUGAUUCUAGUCUUCUGCUUGCUGUUAGCACAGUCCCGUCAUGUGGGAUUAUCUGUUGAACGGGGAGACCCUCUGGACGUGGACACGCCUCCACUGGCGGAGGUCUUCUGGAAUCUGAAGCACUUAUUUCACUGAGACUCUGGACAGCAGGACGGCUGUUCUUUUUCCCAUAAGACCUGAAGGCAGCACUGACUGUGGCUGAACAAAUGGGGUCUGGUAAUUCCAAGCCUUGCUCUUCUUUGGAAAGUGCCUGAGUGUUCACCCUUACAGCAGACAUGGAAGUUGACAGACGGAGUCUGCAGACUGAGCGGCGAGCCCCGUCUAUGGACAGAAACUGUGUUCUUACUUUGGUGCCGUGGCUGACGGCCAGCCCUGUUGUGUCCGGUAUCAGUUCUGCAAAAGCUUGUACUGUAGAUCUGCUGUUGGGUGUCGUGAAACAUGAAGUGCCAGACGUGUGUGCGUUUCUAUGAUCAACACAUUUCAUUUUUAGACAUGGAAAACUUGAAGAUUUAUCCACAGAGUGUUUCCUGAAGACGCUGGUGCCGUGACUCCUGUUUCUAACCGCUUUUUAACUUUGAGUGGACAUGUGUGUGGAUUCCUAAAUGCUCUCUGCAACAAUACAAUGUGACUGUGACAGUUUCAGUGUUAGAUUCUCUGUCCCAUCAGCAGCUGAAUGAGUUCCAAACAGCAGUGUUUGUGGAGUUUCAGGUUGGAGGAUCUUCCAAGUGUCCGUCAGUCACUGGGGUGAACCCUUACGUUUGUGUUCCUGUGUUCUGUGGUUCAGUCUGAAAGGUUUCAGCGCAGCAGCAUGAAGCUGCUCGGCCGGACUGAAGUGGUGGUGUGUGCGUGAACGUGUGCAGCCAGUGCAGUGUGUGGCUGGGGCAGAGGAUGGACGAUGUAGACCUGAACACAGACCGUGUCCAACCUAGGCAGGUGCCACUUAGGAAGGCUUUGACUUUUGUCCACCAGAUACUAAAAUAAGCUAACAUUCAGAGUCAGCAGAGCUGGGUUUCAAAAAAAUCACAUUUUCCUUUAAAACUUCAGUAUUUUUUAUUCCGAUUUUAAAAACUCCCUCUACUUAGUUUAUAACUGAAAGACAUGAUGAUGUUUUUAUUGAAAGUUUCACCUUCAUUUGGUUUGUAUACCAGCUUAUGUGUUUGAGCUGGAAGCAAAUCAAGAUGUCCAGAAUAGUUGGAGGAGCGGUUGGGCGUCGGCAUGAAAAACGUCUCUGCUGUUUAGUUUUAACGUCUCGGUUUUGUCCCGUCUACCAAAACCGCCUGCAAUGACGAGUCGUUCCAAAAUAACCGAAAAACCCCAGACGAGUAAAGUCGACUUUUGCUUCAAUCACGUGAUUAAUAGCACCUUAUAAUCGAGGCUUUCUCUGAUGUGUCGCCUCUUGUUUCCAAGGCGACGAUGUUCUUCGCUGCGCUAAGGGCGGAUCAAAAGCGGCGGGCAGACAGGAAGUUGAGAAUAUUCUCCAAACAGAAUCAUGCGGGGCUUCACCUCACUUGUAGAGCUGCCAUCUCUCAGGUUCUUCCUGAUGGGCAGAGCUGCAGCAGCAGGAAGAGCAUCAGUGCUGUGUUUUUGUUGGCAAUCAGAACACUGGAAGGACUGUGGUCCUUUCUUCAUGCACCAGCUGAGUAUUCACCACCAAUGAUUCCCCACGAAAACUGCUGAGGAUUGACGUUUUAUUGGGGGAAAAAGAACUGCCCUGAGGACUAUUUGCUUUUUCUUAUGAGACAUUUUUGUAUGUUUCAAAAGAAGAAGUCAUAUUUCUAGUGUAUUUUCUAGAAACAAGCCAUCAUUUCUCCAUGAACUGUUAACAUGUUUAUUUGAAGUUUUAAAACCUCAAAGUUCAAAUUCUCCCUGUGACCUCGUGAGGUCACAGGAUGACCUCACGAGGUCCGGACAAUGGGGCACCCCUACAAAAUAGCCCAAUUUAGCUGGAGGUGCUGCAGAAACGCCAAAAGAGCUUCGCUUAAGUCCAGGUCUAAACGGUGUCCGAUGUGCCCUGGUCUCAAAGGUCAUGAAGCUGAAGUCAGCUGAUGCUUGAGUGAAAGGAAGGGUGAAGCGUUGAACCGCCGUCCGCUUGACUCUCAGAUGGCGAUGGUUGAACCCUCCAGCUCCUGUAACCCGUUUUGUGCCAAUCAGCUGUGCAGGUAGAUGUUUGUGAUGCACAUGGAAGGGGUCCAUGACGUUUCCCGCCGGCGUACAGGGUCGUAGGUGACGGUAGAUGCUGCACCUUAGCCUUGGAGUGGGUGCCAUUGUUCCGUUUUUGUGUUGUUGUUUUACAAAACGUCGUGCCAUUUACCCUCGUUUCGUGAUUCAGGUACAAAUCCAGCUUUGUCCUCCAGGACCAAAUGUUUGUGAUUUCAUUGGGGACUUGCAGUGGCAAUCAGAAAUAGCACAUGAUCAAAGGAAGAUAAUCAUUGUUGGCCCACACUACCCCUGAAAACACUGUACGGCGUUGUGCGUCCCAGAGCCCCGCCUUAGUAAAUGGACCUAAUCUCUGGCUGCACAACGUCCCAAACAUACAGAAGAGACGACGGUGUGUCCUUGUGUGUGUGCGUCAUGCUGUUCAUCUGCUGUGCUCUCAUCUGAACCAACUUUUAUAACUAAAUGCUGCUGUUUGUUGAAACGCAAAAAGUGCCCAAAUGUUUGUUUUUUUGUGAGCCGAUGGUGUGCAAUAAAUGGAGUUAGAGAAAUCUAUAUACAUGUACCUCUGUGCGUAUAUGAGUGUACCCUGAAACGACGAAUGUAUGGCACGGUGGAGGGGAAACGGGACUGUAGGUGCUCCUGCUCCUUGGUGUUGUUGCAUGUUGUGUUGUUGUUGUUGUUGUGUGAAGCGAAGGCGGAGUUUUGAACUCAUCUUCCUGCGACAGCAUGCCCUCCUGUUCGCCCCCCUCCCCCUCAUGUGCAAUGUUCUCAGACCACAGGACAGGCCUUCAGCUGUGCACGUGAUGUGCACGUUCUCCUGGCUAAAGGAAGGAGCGGAAAGCAGCUGGUAGCUCUUCAUUCUAGAUAUUUUGGUGACUUUUGUACUCUAGUUGCGCUUUAAUGGCUAUUCUUGUGAAAUGUGAAUGAAGCAGGUUGGGGGGGGGGGAUCAGGGGAUGUGGGGUGUACAUACAUACAUGUAUAGAUGUACAGUACAUGGCUGUCCUGCUCUCAGACUGAUGUUGUGUUCGUGUCUUUGAUACAGUAUUUAAGCCGUGGGCGGGGCGGGCGGUCAGGUGAUCCAUGGUGUUGACUGUUUGACCUGAAUCCUAUUCCACAGAAAAAGAGUUUGUGCUUCUGAAACGUUGCUGUUGUUCUGCAGUUCGACUCCUGUUACUCUCAAAGAGGGGAUUGUUUUUCUUCUGUUUUAUAGAACUCUAAAGUGUAAAUAAAAUAACCUUGAAUCUGUGAA